UCCGACUAAAAGCCUUCAUCCGUUAUUUAUUUUUGUCUUUCAUUCAUACUAUAUUUCUUCCAUUCAUCCAAAUUGCGCGUUCUUAUCUUUGUACAAGCCUUCAAGCUCGGAUAGACACCUGGCUUGAUGGUUGGUUUAGAACUGUAAAACAAAGCUUUAAGUGAGGGUACAGAAACCAUUGAAAACAUUUAUAAGCAUAAUACAUCUAAAUUAAAGCAAAAGUCACCGAGAUAUCGCUACUCUAAAAAGAUUUUGUUAUUGCAUAGGAUAGGCAGUAAUUCUGAUAGAUGCUUGCUAAGGAGUGCCUGACAGUGACGUCUGAGCCAAUCUCUUCAAACCCGGUAUUUUACUUUAAGGCCGCCUCUCAAUUUACAUAGUAAUCAAUGCGAGAGGCUAGACUUGCCUAGAUCAUUCGGCGUCGAAUUCUUUCAGCAUUAGAUCACUGGGUAGUUAUUUAGAAUGCUAGCAAAUCUAGGUUAAGGGAUUUUCCCUCUGAUAAGUUCCAUCUGGCGUGAAAGAGACGAAGUGGAAUUCUGCUGUCAUAAUGUACAAGUGUUUCCAAGCAUCGACGUUGUCUUUGACAAUGCGCCGAUCAAAUGGUACCAAGGAUCACUCCAUGUCCAACCCGUUUUCCUUCAAGAACUUCGUGUCUAGGGACAAGGACGUGGCCUCCAAGAAGAAAAGAGUUUUGCAGAUAAUUGGCGAUGAAGUCCACGAAAUUAAACCAACACCUACACAAGGAACUCACAACGAUGAUAACUCACAGUACUUGUUUGGCUUCACCCCUCCUGGGUCCGGAUCUGAAUCAUCUGAUGACGAGGCUGAGGCUGACAGACAUGACUCCGCCCACAAUCACUCGCCCAAGUCAGGAUCUGUCAAUUACUUUGUGGCACCAGCCGAGAGCUCGCACUCACAGCUUGUACUAAUAGAGGAACUAAACCAGUUACGUGAAGACAACGAAAGGUUAAAAAAAGAGGUGGAGGAAAUCACGACUUCGCGUGAUUAUGAAAAGAAAAAAGUUACAGUUCUACAAAACAAGUUGAAAAUGAUUGAAAAACGAGAGGCUGAUGAAACAGCAGCGCUAGAAAACAUGGUUCAGAUGGUGGAGAAAAACCUCGAGCUCACCACGCAAAGAGCCCUUCGAGCCGAGACAACCGUCACCAAGCUUAAAGAAGAAAUCAAGCAGGUUAAGGCAGAUACUGUUCCUAUGGCAACCUAUCAACAACUGCUGAACACGCACCAUAGUACUUUAAACGCCGUCAAAGAGAAGUCCUUAUCAGCAGCCGACGAGAUGGCGACGACUGCCCGACGAGCCGAACAGGCACUCAGGGACCUCUACUCUGGCGUCGAAACACUUAAGUUCGUCUCUUCCCAACUGAACUACAUCGACAGAAUAACAGAAGUCCCCAAGCACCCCGAAGAUACGUGACAUUACACACGUGUUUGCACAAGGCUGUACACGUGAAAAAUGACGCUGUUCACGUGAAGCAUGACGCAGUUCACGUGAAACAUAACGCUGGACACGUGAAUAAUGACGCUGUUCACGUGAAACAUAACGCUGGAGACGUGAAUAAUGACGCUGUACAAGUGGCACAUAACGCUGGACACGUGAAACGUCGCUGUACACGUGAUACAUGACGCUGAACACGUGAUACUUACAGUUCCACACUUGGAGCUUGUCAGCUUGUCACGUAGCACAGAAGGCUUGGCAAAUGAAGCAUGAGGCACGUAAAACAAAGUUAGACACGUGACACUUCGAGCACGUGUGGGACGCGGCGUGGAUCGAUUGUUGAGCAGGAAGUAAGACCGUGUGUGGUAUCGAGAUGGGUAUCCUGAUGCUGACUAAAAUAACAAGAUGUACGAAUAGCUAUUCGUCUCCGCCUUCUUGUAUAUAUAUUGAUCAUCUAAUAAUAGAUUCAAAUUA